AUGACAGCGGCUACGGCAACUCCGCAGCAGAUGAGAGACCGGCUGAUGCAGGCCAUCGAUGGCCAAAGCAAUGUGAGUUAACGUAAUGUUUCAACCAAUUUUAAGUGCCUGUUCCCACAAUUGCAAUGGUUCCCUAUUGUGAAGUUUUAUGACAAACGUCGACAUCUAACGUUAGCUAACUACAGUAGCUAGCUAGUUAACGUUAUCUGAGCCAGUGUGGUAGCCUGCUAGCUGACGCGCGUUAGUUAGCUGGAAGCCUGCUAGCUAAAUCUAAGAGUUUGUUAGAUGAGCUAAGUAAAUACUAGUUACUAAGAUAGUUAAUUAGCUGUGUAGUAGGUAGUUAGCUAAACACACUGGACUCUGGACUGUCCCCCAGCAUCUUGAUAGCCUCGUAUAAACAAUACCGCUGUGUUGCUAGCGAACUAUUCGUGUAAGCUCGCGAGAUCAGGCGGCUUGCAAGGCUAGCAUGUUGACAUAUUCGGUUCUCAACCAAUAGUAUAAAUCAAUCAAUGUUCUCAACCGUUAUUAUAAUUCAGUGUUUUCAACCUGUCUCAGUUAUGCUAUUAAAACUAACUAGCUGCCUACCUGUCAUUUAGCACAGCUAGCUAGUUCGUUUUGACAUUCGAAGCUUAAUGUUAGCUAACUAGAAAGCAAGCUAACUACACUGAACAAAAAUAUAAACACAACAUGUAAAGUGUUGGUCCCAUGUUUCAUGAGCUGAAAUAAAAGAUCCCAGAAAUGUUCCAUACCCACAAAAAGCUUAUUUCUCUCAAAUGUUGUGCACAAAUUUGUUUACAUCCCUGUUAGUGAGCAUUUCACCUUUGCCAAGAUAAUCCAUCCAUCUGACAGGUGUGGCAUAUCAAGAAGCUGAUUAAACAGCUUGAUCAUUACACAGGUGCAACUUGUGCUAGGGACAUUAAAAGGGCAUUUUAAAAUGUGCAGUUUUGUCACACAGCACAAUGCCACAGAUGUCUCAAGUUUUGAGGGAGCAUGCAAUUGGCAUGCUGACUGCAGGAAUGUCCACCAGAACUGUUGCCAGAGAAUUGAAUGUUCAUUUUUAUACCAUAAGCCGCCUCUAACGUCAUUUUAGAGAAUGUGACAGUACGUCCAACUGGCCUCACAACCGCAGACCACGUGUAUGGCGCCGUGUGGGAGAGCGGUUUGCUUAUGUCAAUGUUGUGAAGACCGUGCCCAUGGUGGGGUUAUGGUAUGGGCAGGCAGGCAUAAGCUACGGACAACGAACACAAUUGCAUUUUAUCGAUGACAAUUUGAAUGCUCAAAAAUACCAUGACGAGAUCCUGAGGCCCAUUGUGAGGCCCAUUUUUUUUUUUUUAUGGUAUCUGUGACCAACUGAUGCAUAUCUGUAUUCCCAGUCAUGUGAAAUCCAUAGAUUAGGGCUUAAUGAAUUUAUUUCAAUUGACUGAUUUCCUCAAAUGAACUUUAACUCAGUAAAAUCAAUGAAAUUGUUGCAUGUUGCGUUUCUUUUUGUUCAGUAUAGUUAGAUGUUGGGAACAGUACUGUUGCUUAAGUUGCCACUUAACUGGAGUUUAGUCCGCUACCCUUUUACUGACUUAAGUUAGGACCAAGCAGACUGGUGAGUGUGGACAUCCAGCUAGUGCUGCUUACUAGGCACUGCAGCUAGCUAACCAGCUAACUAAGUAGAAGAAUGACCUGACCUUAACCUAGCACCAACGUCAGCAAUGCCUUUGGUAAUCACAUAUAAUGUAGACCCAUGGGGCGGUGCACAAUUGGCCCAGCGUCGUCCAGAGUAGGGGAGGGAAUGGCCAGCAGGGAUGUAGCUCAGUUGGUAGAGCAUGGCGUUUGCAACGCCAGGGUUGUGGGUUCGAUUCCCAUGGGGGGCCAGUAUGAAAAAAAUUAAAUAAUGUAUGCACUCACUAACUGUAAGUCGCUCUGGAUAAGAGUGUCUGCUAAAUGACUAAAAUGUAAAUGUUAAUGUAAUUAGCUACCUGUAGCAUUCACACCUACAGUCACAGUGAUUAGGCCUAUUACCCAGUAAAGAGAAUUUGACAGACAGACAAGAAUGUUUAAAUUGAAAGGGCACAAAACACAUAUUCAGCACAGCCAGACUUGGAUCAGUUUGUAUUGUAGGCUUAGUAUGGGUGCCAUCAGUCACAAAGGCCCAACUACUUGUAUGUUCAUUAUGUGAUUAACGAAGUGUUCUCAUGAAAGAAAUGGCUGAGGCAACCAAAAGUGUUGUUUAAGUGACAACACAUUACAAGGCUGCUUGCCAAGUCUGUUGGUCAAGACUUGUUGCCUACGGUCUGUAGCCUACCUGUCAUCAUAGGCAUUAGUGCUGAGCAAUUUAGUGCUUUUUGAAGUCGGUUCGAUUAAAAAAUAUAUAUCACGUAUUUCUGUUUAACAUUAUUUUGUACAUGCAUUAUGAAAUAAUAACAUUAAAUGAUAAGAGCUUUUUAAUGUAAAUUCCAAAGCCAAAAAUAGUGAAAAUGAAAAUAUUGCAUUGUCUAUGUCAGGUCUACAUAGAAAAAUAGGAAAUUACUAUGAAAUAAUAAAAUAUUUCAGUUGUGUAUAUUACUUCGUUUUAUUUGAUUUUAUUAUUUUUCAUUCCUUAAAGUAAUCUCUUCUCGGCUCAGGCAGUAGCAGCCAGCCAGCCAGACAACCAUACUGUACUGUCUAAGUACUGUAUGCUGCAGAGAUGUCAGACCAUAAUUUUACUAGUUUUUCAAAGUAGAUAAGGCAUACUUUCACCAGUUGUGUAAAGUACUACUUAAGUAGUUUUUUGGGGUAUCUGUACUUUACUUUACUAUUUAUAUUUUUGACAAUUUUUACUUCACUACAUUCCUAAAGAAAAUAAUGUACUUUUUACUCCAUACAUUUUCCCUGACACCCAAAAGUACUUGUUACAUUUUGAAUGCUUAGCGGGACAGGAAAAUGGUCCAAUUCACACACUUAUUAAGAGAACAUCUCUACUGCCUCUGAUCUGGCGGACUCACUAAACAUAAAUGCUUCAUUUGUAAAUUAUGCCUGAGUGUUGGAGCGUGUCCCUGGCUAUCCAUAAUUUAAAAAACACAUUGUGCUGUCAGGUGUGCUUAAUAUAAGGAAUUUGAAAUCAUUUAUACUUUUACUUUUGAUACUUAAGUAUAUUUAAAACCAAAUACUUUUAGAUUUUUACUCAAGUAGUAUUUUACUGGGUGAAUUUUACUUGAGUUAUUUUCUAUUAAGUUAACUUUACAUUUACUCAAGUAUGAUAAUUGGGUACUUUUUCCACAACUGACUUUCACGAACUGUCUCUAUCCCUCUCUCGUCGUAGUGUUGUGUACAUUCCGCUCUCAUGCGGCGGUGUUUGCGGUCUGUGUGUAUCUUACCUAACGGAGCAGGCGUAAAAGUGUAUUUACUUUGAGCCGGAAAAGAACAGCCGCAAUGGAUUAUUGCCAUUGUAGUUAAUUACCACGUUUGUGCGCUGAACUAGGUUGAAUAUUUGCUUAUGGAAAACUACAACUCCCAUCAGCCCAGCGUCUCAUAUCUUGACUUUAAUUUUUCUCGUGAACGAGAAACGGGGUCAUGGCUAGAAGGGAUUCCAGCUUUUGUCAAAUUAACGUCAUAUUUUACUUUUCGCAGCAGGUUAGAAUAAUUAGGUCAAGGUUAGGAAAAGGUUUAGGGUUAGCUCAAAUACAAACACUUCAAUUUUUGACGUUACUUUGACAAAAUACAAACAUUUCAAAUUUUGACGUUACUUUGACAAAAGCUGGAGUCUUUCUAGCCAUAUCUGAGAAACGGCGUGAGCAAAAAACGAACUAAAUGGAAUUGAAGUUAUUGAACCAUUGUUGGUCAAUUAUUUGUUUCAGUGCUCCUGGUCUAAGCGCAGUGGUCUAAGGCACUGCAUCGCAGUGCUAACUGUGCCACUAGGAGAGCUAACUGUGGAGAGCUAACUGUGCUCUCCUGGUUCGAAUCCAGGCUCUGUCGCAGCCGGCCGCGACCGGGAGACUCAUGGGCGGCGCACAAUUGGCCCAGCGUCGUCCAGGGUAUUAUUAUUAUUAUUAUUUUUAUUUUUAUUUGUUCACCUUUAUUUAACCAGGUAAGCCAGUUGAGAACAGGUUCUCAUUUACAACUGCGACCUGGCCAAGAUAAAGCAAAGCAGUGCAAUAAAAACAACACAGAGUUACAUAUGGGGUAAAGAACAUAAAGUCAAAAAUACAACAGAAAAUAUAUAUACAGUGUGUGCAAAUGUAGCAAGUUAUGGAGGUAAGGCAAUAAAUAGGCUAUAGUGCAAAAUAAUUACAAUAGUAUUAACACUGGAAUGCUAGAUGUGCAAGAGAUUAUAUGCAAAUAGAGAUACUGGGGUGCAAAAGAGCAAAAUAAAUAACAAUAUAGGGAUGAGGUAGUUGGGUGGGCUAAUUUCAGAUGGGCUGUGUACAGGUGCAGUGAUCGGUAAGGUGCUCUGACAACUGAUGCUUAAAGUUAUUGAGGGAGAUAAGAGUCUCCAGCUUCAGAGAUUUUUGCAAUUCGUUCCAGUCAUUGGCAGCAGAGAACUGGAAGGAAUGGCGGCCAAAGGAGGUGUUGGCUUUGGGAAUGACCAGUGAGAUAUACCUGCUGGAGCGCAGACUACGGGUGGGUGCUGCUAUGGUGACCAAUGAGCUAAGCUAAGGCAGGGAUUUGCCUAGCAGUGAUUUAUAGAUGGCCUGGAGCCAGUGGGUUUGACGACGAACAUGUAGUGAGGACCAGCCAACAAGAGCGUACAGGUCACAGUGGUGGGUAGUGUAUGGGGCUUUGGAGACAAAACGGAUGGCACUGUGAUAGACUACAUCCAAUUUGCUGAGUAGAGUGUUGGAGGCUAUUUUGUAAAUGACAUCGCCGAAGUCAAGGAUCGGUAGGAUAGUCAGUUUUACGAGGGCAUGUUUGGCAGCAUGAGUGAAGGAGGCUUUGUUGCGAAAUAGGAAGCCGAUUCUAGAUUUAACUUUGGAUUGGAGAUUCUUUAUGUGAGUCUGGAAGUUGAGUUUACAGUCUAACCAGACACCUAGGUAUUUGUAGUUGUCCACAUACUCUAGGUCAGACCCGUCGAGAGUGGUGAUUCUAGUCGGGUGGGCGGGUGCCAGCAGCGUUCGAUUGAAAAGCAUGCAUUUAGUUUUACUAGUGUUUAAGAGCAGUUGGAGGCUACUGAAGGAGUGUUGUAUGGCAUUGAAGCUCGUUUGGAGGUUUGUUAACAGUGUCCAAUGAAGGGCCAGAUGUAUACAAAAUGGUGUCAUCUGCGUAGAGGUGGAUCUGAGAGUCACCAGCAGCAAGAGCGACAUCAUUGAUAUACACGGAGAAAAGUGUCGGCCCAAGAAUUGAACCCUGUGGCACCCCCAUAGAGACUGCCAUAGGUCCAGACAACAGGCCCUCCGAUUUGACACACUGAACUCUAUCUGAGAAGUAGUUGGUGAACCAGGCGAGGCAGUCAUUUGAGAAACCAAGGCUAUUUAGUCUGCCAAUAAGAAUGCGGUGGUUGACAGAGUCGAAAGCCUUGGCCAGGUCGAUGAAGACGGCUGCACAGUACUGUCUAUUAUCAAUCGCGGUUAUAAUAUCGUUUAGGACCUUGAGCGUGGCUGAAGUGCACCCAUGACCAGCUCGGAAACCGGAUUGCAUAGCGGAGAAGGUACGGUGGUAUUCGAAAUGGUCGGUGAUCUGUUUGUUAACUUGGCUUUCAAAUACUUUCGAAAGGCAGGGCAGGAUGGAUAUAGGUCUGUAGCAGUUUGGAUCUAGAGUGUCACCCCCUUUGAAGAGGGGGAUGACCGCGGCAGCUUUCCAAUCUCUGGGGAUCUCAGACGUUAUGAAAGAGAGGUUGAACAGACUAGUAAUAGGGGUUGCGACAAUUUCGGCGGCUAGUUUUAGAAAGAAAGGGUCCAGAUUGUCUAGCCCAGCUGAUUUGUAGGGGUCCAGAUUUUGCAGCGCUUUCAAAACAUCAGCUGUCUGAAUUUGUGUGAAGGAGAAGCGGGGGGGGGGGCAUGGGCAAGUUGCAGCAGAGGGUGCAGAGUUGGUGGCCGGGGUAGUGGUAGCCAGAUGGAAAGCAUGGCCAGCUGUAGCAAAAUGCUUGUUGAAAUUCUCGAUUAUUGUAGAUUUAUCAGUGGUGAUAGUGUUUCCUAGCCUCAGUGCAGUGGGCAGCUGGGAGGAAGUGCUCUUAUUCUCCAUGGACUUUACAGUGUCCCAAAACUUUUUGGAGUUAGUGCUACAGGAUGCAAAUUUCUGUUUGAAAAAGUUAGCCUUUGCUUUCCUGACUGCUUGUGUAUAUUGGUUCCUAACUUCCCUGAAAAGUUGCAUAUCGCGGGGGCUAUUUGAUGCUAAUGCUGUACGCCACAGGAUGUUUUUGUGCUGGUCAAGGGCAGUCAAGUCUGAGGAGAACCAGGGGCUAUAUCGGUUCUUAGUUCUGUAUUUUUUGAAUGGGGCAUGUUUAUUUAAGAUUGAGAGGAAAUUACUUUUAAGGAACAACCAGGCAUCCUCUACUGACGGAAUGAGAUCUAUAUCCAUCCAGGAUACCUGGGCCAGGUCAAUUAGGAAGGCCUGCUCGCUAAAGUGUUUUAGGGAGCGUUUGACAGUGAUGAGGGGUGGUCGUUUGACCGCGGACCCGUUACGGACGCAGGCAGUAAGGCAGUGAUCGCUGAGAUCCUGGUUGAAGACAGCUGAGGUGUAUUUAGAGGGUAUGUUAGUCAGGAUGAUAUCUAUGAGGGUACCCAUGUUUACGGAUUUAGGGUUGUACCUGGUAGGUUCGUUGAUAAUUUGCGUGAGGUUGAGGGCAUCUAGUUUGGAUUGUAGGAUGGCUGGGGGAUUAAGCAUAUCCCAAUUUAGGUCACCAAACAGUACGAACUCUGAGGAUAAAUGGGGGGCAAUCAAUUCACAUAUGGUGUCCAGGGCACAGCUGGGGGCUGAGGGGGGUCUGUAGCAAGGGAAGGGAAUGGACGGGAAGGGAGGGAAUGGCCGGCAGGGAUGUAGCUCAGUUGAUAGGGCAUGGCGUUUGCAACGCCAGGGUUGUGGGUUUGAUUCCCACAGGGGGCCAGUAUAGAAAAAACAUGUAUUCACUAACUGUAAGUCGCUCUGGAUAAGAGCGUCUGCUAAAUGACUAAAAUGUAAAUGUAAUGAUAACCGAACCCCCCCCCCCCCCCCUAAAAUGUUGGUUAAUCACUCAGCACUAAUAGUCAUACACUGCUGAAAAUAACCUCUCUCUGCCAAGGCUUACAGCAUAAUAUUCAUUGAGCCAAUUCAGAGCACAGAUUUGAUCUGUUUUUAUUUUAUAUAUAUAUAUAUAUAUAUAUAUACUGAAAUGGUGUAUAAACACUUUUAGUUGAACUUGAACAGAUCUUGCACAAAACCCCCUUAUUGAUGAGCCAAGUUUUUUGAAAAUUAAUAAACCUAGCCAGUCAGAUUUAGUGGAUUGGGUAAGAUUCGCCUAAUAAUGCACCUUACUGGUAUGACUAGAAUGGCUAACAUUUGCAUGUAUAUUCUCAGUUUUGUCAUCUCAAACUGCUAUCGGUUUACAUCCCCGGUACAGGUGCACAUCUGAAAGUCCAUUCAAAUUUAGCUAUAUGCUGUUGUCGUCCACAUUUUGCAGGGGAAAUCGCUGUGGGGUGCUAAUCUGAAUAACAGCCGUUUGUAUUUGAUAAUCAACAAAAGUAAAUUCAUCAGUGAGAAUUCUGUUAUACAGAGAUGGCUACACCAUGGACAUCUUGAUAGGCUACUGACAGACUACUAUUUGCAUUGUACAAGUGGUUUUGGCUGUGUAGGCUAAUGUUUGGGGGGGGGGGGGGGUACAUCCAUACAUCCAUUGAUCUGAGGAACCGAUCCGUUAGGCAUCAUCUAUUUUUGUUCGUUUUUUUUAAGAAACUCAGUCCAGCUUUCAACAUACUCUUGAAAGUUGUAAUAGUAAAAUGCACAAGGUGCAAUUUCGAAAUUAGGUAGUGUAUCAUUAGUUUUCCUCUUGUCAUGUCAGUCGAGUACCCCCAACAGUACACAUUUUUAUUGUAACCCUGGACAAGCACACCUAAUUCAACUUGACAAAUAAUCAUCAAGCCCUCAAAGAGUUGAAUGAGGUGUGUUUGUCAAUGGCUACAACGAAACUGUGUACUGUUGGGGGUAAUCGAGGACCAGGGUGGGGAAACACUGCCUUAGAUGGCUAUUUAUAACUUAUCAGAAAUGUCCAGAUCAACAAAUCAAUCAACAAAUAUCCAAAUGUCUCAUCUGUCUUUGUAAAGAGUAAUUGAGGGUUUUCCUCUGGCCAUUUUAUGUCUUCCUUUAUUAGUUUAACAUGAUUUGAUGUUUACUUUCCAGCAGAUCUGCAACAUGGUGGCUGUAAUGGAGGUCAUUUCCUAUUUGGAGAAAUAUCCCAUCACCAAGGAAGCACUUGAGGUAGGUAACGCUAGGGGCAAAUAUGCAUAUGUGUCAGCUCUUGGAAAUAUAUGUUGUAAAGAUGGGGUUUGUACUAAAAAAACCUUCCUGUUCUUCCUCAAGGAAACCCGCCUUGGCAAGCUGAUCAAUGACGUAAGGAAAAAGACAAAGGAUGAGGAUCUCGCCAAGCGUGCAAAGAAGCUCCUGCGCACCUGGCAGAAGCUAAUUGAGCCUGGGCAGAGUGAGUCACUAUCCAAGGCGUAUAUGGGUCCGCCAGGCGCUGCCAACGGUGGUAUGCAUCCAUGCCGGACGGACGUCUCCCCUCCAGCUACCAUCCCACCUUCAGGUAAAAUGGUUCCGGAGCUCAAGAGUAGAAAUGACUUCAACAACCGUUACUCCCCCAAAGCGGAAAAGUCGGGCAACCGAAAACGCAAGGUGGAGCAGAGGGACAGACAUCACAUACCAGUGAAAAUCUCCAAAACAACCGCCUAUGAAAGAACACAAAACUCACAACUGCCAACAAAUGGAAUUGGGGCAAGCUCUGAGGCUUUUACGGACACAUUUGACCCUCAUGCACAUCUGAAAUCAGACAAGGAUGGUGCUGAGCAUCUUGACAUUGACAGGCUCAACAAAAUCCCUGUCAACGCCGUCAAACCUCACCCUAGCUCACCGGGACUCGCCAAACCUCCUAGCACUUCCGCAUUGCUCAAAACUGCUGUUUUGCAACAGCAGGGCAAAAUGGACCUGGCUGUCUCAGGAGGGGGGCCGCAUCAGCCCAAAAGCCCCCGCAGCAACUCGUAUAGUCCCAGAAGUACGAAACAGGACACAGUAGUUAAACUGUCUACGCCCAAAUCAACGACUCUACUGAGCCCUGCUCAGAGCCCCAGGGUUAUGGACAGCUCUAGACUGGUGCCCUCUCCUUUGCGUUCUCCACAGCUUUUAACAUCAUGUAUCCAGGGUUCCCUCACUGUUGGGCCUCUGCCUACAGAGUCCGCCCUUCAUUGGGACGGACCAUCAGACUUGGACCAACGUCUUCAGCAAAGUACCAGGAGACCCGACUCGCUGCACAACUCCAAAGCCUCGUCCCACAGUGAGGAGGUGAAGGCAGAGGGCGAUGGUGCUGUCUCUAGCACAGAGAGAAAGAGAAAGAAAUACAGGUCCAGAGACUAUACAGUGAACUUGGGUGGGCAGCCCACGGAAGAGACCACAAAGCCAUGUAGGUUAAAAGACCGUAGACUUACGUUUGACCCUGUAACAGGGCAGAUCAAACCCUCGACCCACAAAGAGUUUUACCCGGAACAGGAGGCUACAGUGGCUCCGGUCACACCAGAACUUCCUCGGACAGAACUGCUCAAGCAGAACCAAUGUGCACAGAAUACCCCUGUUACUCCAAGUCCCUUUCAACAGACCAACUGGAAAGAGCUGUCGAGGAAUGAAAUCAUCCAGUCCUACCUUAACCGUCAAAGCAAUGUGCUCACAUCGUCUGGGGCUCAAACCUCGGGGGCAAACUUUAUGUCUGAGUACUUGAAACAUGAGGAACAUCAUAUCAAAGAGGGCAGAAAAAAACACAUGCUGGUACCAAAUAUCCCUGAGACGGACUUACCAGGGGUGAGCCGAGAGGUCACAAACGAGGAUCUCAACAGAAUACACAAGGAGCACUGGCCUGGGGUGAACGGUUGCUAUGACACAAAGGACAACUGGUAUGAUUGGACGGAGUGCAUUUCCUUAGACUCACAUGGGGAUGAGAGCAAGCUGAACAUCCUGCCAUAUGUCUGCCUGGACUGA